GAAUAAAGCGGGUGCGGGCUUCUGUUUCGGUCGCUCGUUCCAUCAGCGGCUUCACAGUCUUGCUGAGCCAGCCCAUUACGCUUCUUCAUCUGACAAGUCAUGUUGUCCUGCCGACACCGACACUUCGAUCACCAUGGAGCAACUCAUCGCAGAGUUGUAUAGCCCUGCAAAUCAAUCUUCCCCGGAUCGUAUUGCAGAGAUCCAGAGGGAGAUCCAGCAUUUGCAGCGACAGCAGACUAGCUGGCAGCUUGGCCUUGAUCUCCUCGGCCGAGAUGACUCAACCGUACGCUUCUAUGGCGCUCAUACUUUGAUAGUCAAGAUCAACGCUUGUUGGGAUGACGACCAGAUCGGAAAGAAUGAUCAAAUGAGGAGCUAUCUCCUUGAAUCCUUGGUCUCUCGUUAUCUUCAGCUCUCCGUGAUCCCAGAUGUGCCGUUAGUCCUUCAAAAACUAUGCUCGGCAUUGACUACUCUCUUUGCUAAACCCGACUCAAACUGGCCUUUUCCCAUCCGACACGUUCUUGCCUGCUUUCUGAGUGGACACUACGUUGCCCCAAAUAACUUACCUGAAAUCCUGAAAAUGAUCGAGGAAAUCAAACAAUGCUCAGCGAAACAAAUGGCGGCACUCAUCCUACUGAUCAAGACUUUCGCCGAAGAUCUUGCCAGUCUGUCUUCCACAGCCUCAGACGAAGGAAAUCUACAAGCUCGAGUCGCUGUCAAUUGUUAUGAUGCCUGGCUCCUAAUGCAAGCCCUUCUCGAUCACUUGCUGCCAAGCCUGUCAAUUGGCAAUCACCUCCCAGCAAAUCCAUCUCCAGGCCAGGCCUCAGAACUCGUCCGGCACCUGAUGAAGGCCAUACCUUUCUGGGCCAGUCGCACACGACACGCAGAAUUUCAUGCGGAUAAUAAUCAGUCGAAGAUGAUAGAACACAGUGUACGAAAAUGCAUCCGAACCCUAGCAGAUUUGCUCGACCAUGACAAUCUGAGCCAUUCUGUUCUUCAGCUGCUCAUCUCAUUGCAGCAGACUUACCCCAGACUUAGCAGUGACGCCAUAAAUGACUUUCCCGCACCCAUAUGUCAUUCUCGGACCGCACAUACCCUGAUGACUCGCCUCGUUAGUGGUAACUGGGAUGCUGACGACCUUUUGUAUGUCGAAUUCCUAGAAAUACUCAUCGGCCAGGUCGAUACCACUAAUUCGGACUACCUACGAAUUGACACGUACAAUAUGGCCUUCCAACAGCUCCGACAGCUCUUGCGGUGCGAUGGAGUUGCAGCUGUCGAGGACUUGGCGUGUCAGGUGGCUGUCGAAAAAGUCAGCCAGAUGGUCGAAGGCUUUAUAGACUGGGACCCAGACUCCGAGGCCGAACAGCUCCUACAUGAUAUUGCUGCUGAUGCCUGUCAAGCAUGCUUGCUGAAAGUCAGGAUGCCUCUAAAUCAAAUGUCCGACUCAACCAUGGACUGGGAGCCAGACGAACGAGCCAAGUUUCAAGACUUUCGCUACGACGUGUUCGACUUCUUUCAGUCUGCCUUUUCUUUACUCGGCAAAGACCUUAUAGAAGAGACUGCCCAGGUUGUCCUCAGGCAGAAGGGCACGGUGGAUUGGUCCAUAUUUGAAGCGGGCAUGUUUGUCUUCACCGCAUUCUCAGAUACAAUGUCUUCGGAUCCUGAGAUUUACGAUCCCAUCGUCACCGCCGUACUCAACAGUGCCGGCUGGACUCAGGUCCUCAACCCGAGUGCGGCGAUUCCAGAUAAAGCUAGGCGAACCAGCAUUCGCUUCGUCACAGAGAACAUUGGAUAUCUGCAGCGCCACUCCACCAGCCUGUUCCUUAUCCUCGACUUUCUCUUCUCUUCCUUGCAUUCUCCAGGAUCCGCAAUGCCAGCCUCGCGGGCGGUCUACAGCUUGUGUGAUUCCCAGAGAAGCAUACUCGCCCCAGGUCUUCCUCACUUCAUGGCUGCUUUGGAUACCAUAGGCGACCUUGAUGAGACGGAACGGCAUCGAAUUUUUGCUUCAGUGAGCGCCGUCAUCCAGGCUCUUCCAGACGAGAUUGCAAAGGCGGAGCCACUCUCUAGACUCUUGUCUGCCACUGGUCGCUUGAUCAGCAUAGAUGCUUUUGAUCAAUCAGAUACGGAGGCGGUGUUGACUUGUUGCACGGACGCCAUGCAGACGCUUGCUUCAAUUGGCAAGGGUUCACGAGCACCGUCUGAAACACCAAUCGAUCUUGAUAGCACGGUGUCUCGUGACCGUACGAUCUGGCUUGAAGGGAAAGGGGCAUAUGUUCAAUCAAACGUGCUCCAAUUAUACUCACUCAUUGUCCAAAAGGUUGGCGACAGAGCCGAUAACGGAUUUAUUGAGGCUUGUUGCGAAUUUAUUCGGUCCGGUUUCACUGAACAACAUCCAUCACCCUUUAAAUUUUCUGACAGCGUCGGCGCCAACCUCGUGAUUGGCUUGAUCACCCUUGAAAAUCCCAAUAUCGACUGCACCAUGGCUUGUGCGUCCGGCUUCGUUGCCUCUAUAGAGCGCGACGGAGCUCACGCCCAGGUCAGCCGAGUUUGGGCCCGUAUUACCGAUCUCCAGCAGCGUAUCUUGACUGAGUACGAAAGCUCAGGUCAACUCCCCAGUAGUAGCUUCCUAUCGAGCUCGCUUGAAUUUCUCACGAGACUCUUUGGCAGAUGGAAUCAGGGUUGGUUUCAAUCCCCACAAACCGAAGGUACAUUCAUCCCGGCGAUGGUCCUGGGGCUGUUGGUGCUCUCGGAGCCGGAUACACUGCCACGACGUGCAGCAGCAGCGUUCUUUGGGGCGUUUGCAGAUGUCAGUGCGACCGACCAUUCUUCCCUGGUGGGCGUCGACGCUCAGGUGAAGUUUGCGCUUGAACGAUUUAGCCCAGAGAUUCUGGGGCUUAUUUUGCGCCUCCUUGGCGGUGAAUGCGCUCGGUCUGAGCUUGAGAAUCUCGCCGAAUGUCUGAGAAGAUUUACGCGAAAGCAAGCGAUACUGACCAAGCAGAUUCUGCGAGAGGCUAUCAAGGAUGAGUCACGAGUGCUGAGUGACAAAGCACUGAGAGCGACGACUUUGGAGCAGCGGCACCGAUUUCUAGCGCAAAUCGAUAUGUUAAGGGGUGCACGAAAGACGAAUGAGAUCAUAAAGGACUUUUGGAUAACAUGCAGGGGAACAGGGUCUGACUACAUUGUAUAAGAAAAAGUCAUGCCCCUCCCCGGAAUACCAUUGAUCAUUAGACGAUUACGUCUUUCGGAACCAACAGUGGCUCAAGCUUUCAUUCUUGAACACGGGGAUCGAUAGGAACAGAGCAACGUCAAAGACACAUCGAUUUAUACUAUCUGGCGUCAUCAUGCAAAAUAAUCUACUUCAAGGCGCCAGGAAAGAACUUGCCGGCCUUCUUAGCAUCUGCUUCCCACGCAUAGUCAUGCGCGAGAACGAUUUCAACUUGGGCAUUGGCUGCCUCACCAUCGAGGUGAAUGCCGUCUUUAGACGCCGAAUAAAG